ACCAAGUAAGAAAAGUUAAAACCUCUAUAAUUCCAUUUCAUCCCUAAACCCAUUUCCUCUCUCUUUCCUCAAUCCUCGCCCCCAACAAAAUUAAAUUUCCAUCUAAAAAAGGAAAAAUAAACACUUUUAGACAGAUAAAGUCAAGCUUUUUUAGAGAGAAAAAGAGAAGAGCGUUGACAGAAAACGACAAAAAUGGAUCCGCAUACCCAAAGAGCGGAGGCGGAGCGGUGGUUAGGUAUAGCGGCGAAGUUACUCACGGCGCGUGACUUUUUAGGUAGCAAAACAUUUGCUAUCAGAGCGCGUGAAGCUGACCCUAAUAACGCUGUUUCCGACCAAAUCCUUGCCGUGGUUGAUACUGUUCUUGCUGGUGAGAAGCGCGUUAAAUCUAAUCAGCAACCUGAUUGGUACUCUGUUCUUCAGCUUCCAAGACUUGUUCGUGAUCCUGACUUGAUUGCUGACCAUUACCGUCGUCUUGUUUUGUGUUUGAAUCCGGAAAGAAAUCGGUUUCCGUUUGCUGAUUAUGCUUUGCAACUUGUAAUGGAUGCUUGGUCUGUUCUGUCGGAUCCUACUAAGAAAUGGUUGUUUGAUAAUGAAUUAGCUUUGUAUUUGCAGCAUGAGCAGAUUUCAUCUACAACCGUUGAUGUGGCGGCUGGUAGUGGUUCUAAUAGUGUUGUUGGUUCCGCUAGUGGUGGAAAUAAUCAGUUGAAUACUUUUCAGUUUUUUCAACAGCAACCGCCGAUGCAUCAACAACAACAACAACAACAGCCGCAUCAACAACCCCAGCAACAGCAGCAGCAGCAGCAACAGCCGAUGUGGCAGCAACAACAGCAGCCGCAGAUUAACCAGAGAGAGUUUAUGCCGUUGCCGAAUCAACAACAGCAGCCGCAGAUUAACCAGAGAGAGUUCAUGCCGUUGCCGAAUCAACAACCACAGCAACCGCAGCAGCAGCAGCAGCAACAGCAACAACAACAACAGCAACAGCAAAUUCCAGCGCAGUGGCAGAUGAGGGAUCCGAUGCCAUCAAAACCAGGGGAAAGGAAUAAAGGGGUUAUUAAUGAGAUUGGAGCUGCAAUAUCACCGACACAGACUACACCUCGACCUGUUUCUCGGGCUCCACCGCCAGUGCCUCAACCAAGACCAGCUUCGCCUAAGCGGCCUGCUGUAAUGACAAUGGGGGCGAAUGUUGGUCAUCCUGGUAUUGGUACUGAUAGUAAUAAUAUUGAUGUUACUGCUACUAAUACUAAUGAUGAUAUAAAUGGGGUUGGUGUUAAUGUUGAUGUUAAUGAUGAAGAGGGUAACGAUGAAGAGGAUAAUGAUGACGCUGUAGUAGAAGAGAUAGAAAGUUUUUGGACAGCUUGUCCUUAUUGUUUUUACAUAUUUGAGUAUGAGAAAAUGUAUCAGGGUUGUACUCUUAGGUGUCAGAAUUGUAGGAGAGGGUUUUAUGCUGUACAGAUUCCGAACCCACCUCCAAUUAGUAAUAAGAAUGGUGGUGAUAGUGGAGGUGGAGAUGGGAAGGAGAAGGGGAGAAAUAAGGAUAAGGAAAACUCGUUUUGUUGUUGGGGUUUUUUCCCAUUAGGGUUUUCAAUGACAGCUUGGAAAAAGCAUAAUCAAAAUGGGACUAUCAAUGGGUCAUCAAAUUGGACGCCGUUUUCACCGAUGUUUGCUUCCCCGGUUGCGGAAGGAGGUGGUGGUUUCAAGUGGUUUAAUAAUAGUGGUGGCAAUGCUUUUGUUGGACCCAAGAAUCGUCAGAAGACCAAUACUCCUAGGGUCUAUAUUGAUGAUGAUGAUGUACUUGAGUAUUCUGAACCAAGUGAUUUGGAUUUAUCUGAUGGUGAUUGGAGAAGUUAUAAAAUUGAAAAGGGCAAGAAGAAGAAACAGAAGGCGAGUAUUACGGGAAGAAAAAGAGGAAGGCCUCGGAAAGUAGAUGUUUUGAAUCAGGUAAAACCAAGAUUAGCUAGUGGGGGUGGAGUGUCUGUUGGUGGUGAGCAUUUGGAUGAUGGAUCUGAUGCACAAGUUGUUGUUGGUUUGGCUGCAGGAGAUGCAAGCAAGUCCAUUCCAGCUACCCUGAAGAGGAAGCUUGCUAGGAGAAGUGUGAAGGAUGUGGGAAGGUUGGAUUUAAAUGUGGAAUUCAACAAUGAGGGAGAAGAGCAUGCUCCUAGAGUAAAUGCAGUGAAUGGAGAGGAGGAUGGGGUCGCUUUUUUUGAAGGGCUAGAUGAGUUUCUAAGCACAUUGCCCAUACUAAAUGUUGAUGGAGAUGAAAAGGCUAAGCCAUCUUAGUAGAACCAAGCUAAUAUUUCAUCCCCCAAUGGCCCUGAUUGUUUCUUUUUGCAGUUUUUGUAUGCAGGUAGCUAGUCAUCAUGUAUGUAGAAUAGCCAGGAUUUUCUUAAAGCUUUUUCCAGGCUGCCAGUAUCUGGAAUGUAAUUUGCAGGGAUUUGAUCGUCAGGUCUUCUUUACUUUGUCGUUGGAAUUUCUUAUGUAGAUUAUCUUGCAGUGAUGAAUAAUAUCCUAAUCUUAAUUCCGGUAAAUUUAUGACAUUAGCAGGGUAAAAAGCUUUUAGACUACUAUAUAAAUUAUCAUUUUGUACUUCUGAUGUGCUGAUUCCCUGUGAUUUCCUACUUGCUUUACUUCAAAGCAUUUAGGGUAAAAUGAAACUGAUGAUGGAAAAAUAAUCUCAGAAAUAAUUGUGUUGUUGACACACGUGCCUAAAAUACAUAAUCUGCCUUUCCGUCCAAUGCUGGCGAAACUUGUGGUUUCUAUUCUUGUUACAGGACUGCUUGGUAAAAGACUUGGUAGAUCGAUGAUGUCUGUUCCUGAGUUUUGAGAUUGCGUUCCUAUUUGAGAAGGGAACUUUAGAGUCAGGAUGGUAGCUGGACUUGACUCCGUGUCAAGUGGUAACCGGAUGCUGUUUAUGAAUUUAUGACAGCAAGCAUAGCACUGAAGAUAAGUUUGUUUCUAUAUUUGGUGCUUAUAAGAAUGCUUUUAAUUCCUUUUAUGUGUUGGGAAUAAUCUGUGUUUGUUAUCCUCUACGAUACUUUGUCCUAUAGGCUAUAUGCUAUAUGCUAUAAUUUCAAUUUGCUUUUGUUUUCUGUGAGCUCUUUUACAUGUGAUAUGGCUUAGUUUGGCUUUCUGCUGAUCAUUGAGUUAUACUGUAAAAAGCGUAUUGAAAAUUUAAAACCGGGAAACUGGAAGGCGGCAAUUGAAAUGACUUUGCGAUGAUGUUUUUAGAGACCUCAGUUUAUAUAGCUGUUGCAUCUUUCUACUAUUAUGCAGUCAGUUCAUAUCCUCCCAUAUUGAAUGUAGGCAUGAUAAUCAGAAGAUUGCUAUAUGUACUUACCUGUUUCCUUGAGAGUGAAUCAUUGAUGUGAGGUAACUCUCUGGCUUUGGAAUUCGGAUUGUCACCUAAUGGUGUUAUAUGGAGUUACUUCAUUUUUAUGCCUAUCAAAUUCCACUAUUUCCCCACUUGUUUUCACCAGCUUUCUUCUAUGUUCUUGCUGGUUUCUAAACUUCUUGGAUGUUAGGUUUAUACACCGUUUAGGUUGAUUCUCAUAAAAUCUAAUACAAUACCUACUCCCUGUAUAUUCCAUUUCAGAACCUGGAAAUUGUACUGUCUUCUUUUGCAUUGUGAUUGACUUGAAAUGUAGAGUGCGGCAUUGUGGAAGCAGCAAUUAUUUUACAAAUUCCGGGAAGCUAAUAUUAAGUAGUUUCUUUUCAGAAGCAUCCCAAAACCUUUUUUGGUUCCACUUCUGGUUGCAUAUCGUUUUUUUGGAGAUUAGAGUAAUACUUUGACUGUGUUAGCUCCAGUGCUUUACUUGGAGGUUUUUUCUGUAGCACUUUCCAGUUUUCCUUGCACUUUUCAGUAUUUUGGGUUUUUGAGUAGAGUUGUGGAGUGUCACGAAGGUUAGAUGUUUUCUGAUUUAACAGGAAACUUUAAGGCUAUUUCUUGAGAAAGGUUAGUGAGAGCUAGAAGGAAUAUUUCUCAUUGCAAUUUGUGACAUGCAGUGCCUGAGCUUCUUAUUAGCUUGUCAAUGCUAUUCUUUUAGGUAAAAUGUACACUAGUUUCCCCAAUAGAACAGUAAAAACAAGAGCACAUACAGCUACUGGUUUGCUGAUUUAGCCCCAUCAUUUCUGUUCAGAUAAAGAAGAGUUCAUGGCUGCCAUUUCAGUUGUAGUGGUGAUUCACCAUAUGUCCAGUGUUCUUUUUUCAUGGGCUGCCAUCAUGACAAGAUUUGAUGAGUUGGAAAAUUUCCCCGUGAUUGUUAUUAAAAUUAGGAACAUUUAAGGAUAGUUUAGAUUUUAUAGAUUCCUUUUUUGUUUUGUGACGUAAAAUUAUAAAAUUUAUGUCAACUAUAAAAAUUAUAUCAUUACAUAAUCUCUAUUAUGGUCUGAUUGUUUCAUGUGGCUUUUUGUUAUGAUAUAUGCCUGAAAUCAUUUCUCUUUGAGAAAUUCUUUUGGAGGAAUGGUUGAUGCUGUUCUUUUUUUUGGUCAAUAUUUAUCUUUAUUAUGCUGAUAGAAAGCUGCUCAAACAACGUUAGAGGAGUUAUAAUGUGUCUUUCUCUUGUCUCUUCCCUCGUUUUGUAUUUAAAUUGAAAAUGUUGGAUGUCUGCUGUGUGUGUACUACUAUUGGGUCUCUUGGAUACAGCUUUUCUUUGACUGUAAGCCUCUCCAGUAUGGGUACCGAGCUUUGACAUUUUGAUUAUGAAUGGCGGAUUCAUGUUUACGAUGCUGCCUGUUUGUUGUUAGAGACUGCUACUUUAAUAUAAAUUAAAAGGAAAAUUCUUCAAAAAUACGGGCUUGAAUUGCCUUGUGAUUAUCCAUGUACUGUGCCUUGUUAGAGAGUAUGAGUUACAGAUCACUAUUUAGCUAGGUUUACUGCGUAACUUACUUACAUAGGACAUAAUUAAUUUGUUUGGUGCUUCUUCCCUCCACCAUUUAGUUGUGUGCUUUUGGCUCUAUAUUUCUGUCUUGGACUUCAUAAUAAUUCACCUGUAAUUCAUUAUCAAUUUGUAGACAUGAGUAGGGAAGACAAGUUUAGGGUUCGUUCCUUAAAUAGAAGGAUGGUUUGCAUGUUGCACUAAAAUUCCUAGUUUUCAAAUUGUGGUAGCUUGUAGAAAGAUCAAAUGUCAGUAUUUAAGGCUACUGGUUCAAACGUUUUUCUGCUAUAAUCUUUUUGUAAAGUUCUACAUUGUUUUCAGGGUAUUUGAUAGGUAUUGGAGAUAUGUGAAAUUAAAAUACGCUGAGAAGCGUGGAGCCAUAUUCUUCUGUGACUGUUAUUCUUAGGCUAAAUUCAUCAGAGUGGUUUGGUGAUUUCUGUGUGCAAUCUGAGGAGGCUCCAAUGCUCGUUCAAACGUUUUUCUGCUAUAAUCUUUUUGUAAAGUUCUACAUUGUUUUCAGGGUAUUUGAUAGGUAUUGGAGAUAUGUGAAAUUAAAAUACGCUGAGAAGCGUGGAGCCAUAUUCUUCUGUGACUGUUAUUCUUGGGCUAAAUUCAUCGGAGUGGUUUGGUGAUUUCUGUGUGCAAUCUGAGGAGGCUCCAAUGCUCCAAAGUAGCCACAAACUUUGUAAAAAUUGAGUAGUAACUACCAACCAGGGAAAAAUAAACUCAGGGAGCUUUAGAGCGGGAACGAUGAUAAGACAUAAGAGGGUACAUGAUCCUAUUUUAUAUAGAUACGAACAAGGAAUAGUGAAGUAGAAUGGUUAAGGAUUUUAUUUUUCUAUAGCAAACCUGUCGGAGGACGGAAAAAUGAAUAACUAUGGACAUUCUAUGUAGAACGGUUAAAAAUUACUUAGGUUGCUCAAAAGGCUAAUAAUAUAUAUGGAGGUAUGAACAAAAGAAUGGAUGCAAUAAAUUAGAAAUUUCAUGGUUGACAAUGUUAUUAUGGAAAUUAUGAUUGACUGAUUGCCAUCUCAUUGACCUUGUGAAACUUAUUCUGUAGUUUAUAGAAGCCUUGAAAGGAACUUUUUCGAAUCCUUCCAAUCAGCUCAAUUCCAUAUCCUGCGUUUUUGUAUAUUGAUGAUAGGUAAAAGUAAUGUGUUUCACUUGAAGAUUGAGUUUGGCUUCCUCUAGCAAGUUGACACUUACCACACACUAGUUUCCUGGAUGAUGAAUUUUAUUAACUUCUCCAGUGGUAUAUCUUUGACCUUCAAUACAGACAGGAUUCCUACUUGGAGUUGGGUAUCCAAACUUCAGCAUUGAGGAUUCUUGGGGCCUGGGGUUAUAUAUGAUUAAGUUUUGUUGCAAAUGGCCUUAGGCUGAUUGUGUAACAGCAUCAGAUUAUCAAGAAUUGAGGUCCCACCAGAUAUGACUCAUCAGUAUUUCAAAGGUUUUGAAAAAGAAAGAUAAGAGCUGACGGCAGGUACCUUGGCGAAUUGACGAUCAAGGUUGAUUGUCUUUUAUUUGGAAAAUGUUCAUCUGGAAGAGAACUUCGAAACAGAACAAUUUCCGUUUGAGUUCUAAAUAGAAGUUAUUCUACUUUUAGCUAAGAGGGGCUUGAUUUUUGACGUUAUAUUUUUUGUAACUUCUGCGAUUUCCGUUUAAGUUCAAAAUAUUUCAGAUAUGCGAUUUCUAUGCAGCGUGUGAUGUAACUUCUGCUGAUGGAAAUUUGAACUUGUAAAUAUUUUUGUAUUUUUCUAAUUUUUGUGCGCCAAUGAUUUUGUUUAUACUUAAGGUUUAGAUGAGUUGUACUUUUUAUUACUUGGUUUUGGAACUUUUGUUAGUAUAAACGAGAAGAAGUUGAUAAUUCCUAUAUCACUUGAAAUUGAUGUGCUUGUAUUUUUGAUGCAUUUGGAAUGAUUGAUGCAUCCAUCUGCAAUUUUGACAUGAAUUUUUAGUUUUGUGCUGAGCCACACUCAUUAGUUCGUCAACACUGAUCCAAUUCAUGUGUCUACAGUUUUUCCUGUGUUAGUGAAGCUGCAGCAUGCAUUUUCAUCAGUUCAUAGGCUCGUCUGACGGUUCUUCUGCUUCCUAUCUGCCUUCAUUGUAGACGUGGAUUUUAUUGUGUGUAAUGAAGCAUCUUGGUGAAGCUAACUUUAUUAUGGUUGUUGACUAGCAAUUGGUUCUUUGCAUCCCCUCAAGGAAAGUCUGGAAGAUGUUGUGUGCCCAUAUUGGUGAAGCUUCAAUCAUUCUGCCUGUAAAUUACAUUCAGUAUUUUUCAUUUCGUUGCUUGAAGAUCUGAAAGUUGAUCCAGUAAUGUCCUACUGGAGAGGGAUCUGAAUUGAAAUGCAGAAAUUUCUAUCGUGGAUCUAGAAUGAUUUACUGCAAUAAUAUUCAGAUCCUGAAAUCAAAAUUGUGCCAUAAUCUGAAUCAAGAAAUGCGUGAAUGAUCUUCCUAGUUGAUUGCUGAAAUUGUGCCUCUUCUUUUCGUGUCACCACCGAGGUUAGUGAUGCUUGUGAUUGAGAUUUUUGGAGUUCUUUAGAUGAAGAUUGAAGAUAUAAAUUCUCUGUGGCUCACAUUUGGAAGUUGGUUUCGUAAUUCGCAAGUUUCAGCUUCCUUCAACCUGGAAGCAAUAUGUCUACUGAUGCCGUAACUCCAGGUAUAGACAACAACACAGUGAAAGGUGUGGACCUGAUCAUGUCCUUGUUUUGUUACUUCUCUAUCUCUUUAAUCUUACGAUUCUGGUAUAUCAGAAAUGUGCACUUAUGUAAAGUUGCACAUGAUAGUCACUACUAAAAGUCAAUUGAAAACAAUCUCUUUUUUAAUGCUAACAAGGGUAAGGUUGUAUACAUACGACCUUUCUAAUCCUUUCACUCAAUGACAUUGGGGUGAUGCAAAGUUGGUUUAUUAAGAAAUGUAAAAACUUAUUUACAUGACAAUCUUGCUUGAGACUCGACUAUGAUAAAGUGAUUCAGCUGGGUUUAUUGAGAA